CCGUCUUAUGCUAGCCAUCAUAACUGAAAUUUCCCUGGUUUUACAAUUGCAGUCAUUUAUCCUAACUUUUCUUGCGGAGUGGGGUGAUCGAAGCCAGAUAGCAACAAUUGCAUUGGCUACACACAAAAAUGCAAUCGGAGUAGCUAUAGGAGCAACAUUAGGACACACCAUCUGCACAUCAGUUGCUGUGGUUGGUGGGAGCAUGUUGGCGUCGAAAAUCUCCCAAGGCACAGUCGCUACCGUUGGAGGCUUGCUCUUCCUCGGCUUUUCCUUGUCCUCGUAUUUCUAUCCUCCUCUGUGAGUGAGAUGUUGUAGGCUAACCUGAUUCUUUUGUAGCAUCAAUGCUCUCCACUUCAGCAUUUUACCUUUUUUUUCCCUUUCCUCCUGGUAAUUUUUGUUCCCCCUCCGUACAAAUCCUUCAUAGAAAAACUUGGUAUUAGCUGGAUAUUACCAGCUUUUUAUAUUCGUUCCUUGUAAAAUCUUAGCAAUAUAGAUACACGUUAAUAGCUUUCCUCUA